GAGCAACAAGCCAAAACCCAAAUUCCAUAGGGUCCAUUUCUCUCUCUCUCUCUCUCUCUCUCUCUCUCUCUCUCUCUAUACCUUCUUCUCUGUCCUACUGUGCCUGGGUUGUCCUUGAUUGAAUCAGACAAAAGGCUUCCUCACUGUAUACUCCUCUCUUCUCCCACCACCCCCAUGCCAUCUCUGUUCUAUCUCUAUCUGCCAGCUCUCUAACUUUGGUUCCUACCAAUGUGUCUCUGUAAGCAUCUUUUGGCUGUUGCCCCUAGAGUAAAUCGGUGAAUUCUCGCUUCUUCUCAUGAAAAUGGGUCGAAAAUGCUGGAUAAUAGUCACCGUUUCGUAUAAUUCGGUGUAGUUCUCUGUGUUUUGUGUGUUCUGCGUCGCUCCUUUACUACCCUGUGCAGAAUCAAAAACCUGUGAAAACAAAAUGAGGAAGCAUGGAUGGCAACUUCCGUACCAUCCUCUCCAGGUGGUGGCGGUUGCUGUGUUCUUGGCUCUGGGUUUUGCCUUCUACGUGUUCUUCGCUCCUUUUGUUGGAAAGAAGAUGUUUCAAUUCAUUGCAAUGGGCCUGUACACACCUCUGAUUACUUGUGUGUUUUGGCUAUACAUUUGGUGUGCGGCAGCUGAUCCUGCAGAUCCAGGGGUCUUUAAGUCCAAAAAGUAUCUAAAACUUUUAGACAAUAAAAAGCUUGCUGUGCAGAAAGAUUCUAAACUUGGGGGGCAAUCAACUUCAUCAAUCCAUGAUGCAAAUGCUUCUACUGUUGAAGGAAAAUCUGUUGAUAAGGAUGCACUGAGCACAGAAGCAAGUUUGAAAGAUACAGCUACAUCAAUGGAGCAGAAUGCACCAUCACCUCGUUCAUCCUGUUUAAUGUUGGUGUGCUCUCCCUGUGCUUUUAUCUGCGGGUGCUCCAGUUCAAGUGAGGAGUCCUCGGAUCUGCAAAAAAGUGAAGAUGGCAUGUUUUAUUGCAGUUUGUGUGAAGCUGAGGUCUGCAAAUUUAGCAAGCAUUGCAGAGUUUGUGACAAAUGUGUUGAUCGCUUUGAUCAUCAUUGCAGAUGGCUUAACAAUUGCGUAGGGAAGAAAAACUACAGACAAUUUUUCACUCUUAUGGUUGCUGCUCUCCUCUUGUUUAUUCUUCAAUGGUCGACUGGAGUAUUUGUGCUUAUCCGAUGUUUUCUUGAGAGGAAGCAAUUUUCUGUGGAUGUUAGCUCCAAGUUGGGAAGCAGUUUCUCUCUCGUACCAUAUAUUAUUGUGGUGGUUGCCUGCGUCAUUUUGGCUAUGAUUGCAACAUUGCCUCUUGCUCAGCUUUUCUUCUUUCAUAUCCUUCUGAUUAAAAAGGGAAUCAGCACAUAUGAUUACAUUAUUGCCCUGAGAGAGCAGGAACAGGAGCAGCAAGGAGUUGGAGGCCAGCAAAGCCCUCAAAUGUCACCUGUCAGUUCACUUACUGGAUUAAGUAGUGCAAGCUCCUUUACUACUUUUAACCGUGCUGCUUGGUGCACACCCCCACGCCUCUUCGUUGAGGAUCAGUUUGACGUAGUGCCCCCAGAAACAGGUUCAGUAAGUUCAUUCGGAAAGAAGGCAAUGAGAGAAGAGGCAGUUAAGAAAAAGAAUCCUGGAGCUGUCAAAAUUAGUCCGUGGACAUUAGCACGAUUAAAUGCAGAAGAGGUUUCCAAGGCUGCCGCAGAAGCAAGAAAAAAGUCCAAAAUUCUGCAGCCUGUGAUGAGACAGAACGAUGAUUUGAGGCUCGAACCAGACAGCACAUUUGGUGGCAGCAGUCGAAGAAUGGUCCCCAGAAUCGAUAAUAACAGAAAACGAGCAAGCAAGCGGGUUCGCUUACCAGCUGAACUACCAAUGGGUUCCCUGGCAAAAGCUUCUGCCAGUAAUUUUGGCAAGGGCUUCAGUGGAAUGUCAAGUUUAGCUCCUCUCCAGUUCGAAGCACGUAGCGCCUUUCAAACAAGUCAAACAAUAUCCAGCUCUGUGGGUGGUGUUGUUUCUUCACCUGAAAGCAGUUUAGACUCGCCAGAUAUACACCCUUUCCGAGCAUCUUCAUCAGGUACUGAGGAAACAAGACAGCUUGCCGGUCUUCCAGCUGUGAGUGCAUCAGCUUUGAAGGGAAUCCGACAAUCGAAUUCAACUAGUGAUGGAUAUGAGGCCUCCGGUGGGGAAGAUAGUGAUCAGGUUCAAACUAGAAUUGUUCAGAGAUCAACAAAUUGGACUAACCUUCUCUUUGGUGCUGAUGAAGAUGAGAGGGCUUAUAAUCCAAAGUCGUCGUCAUCUUCUAGCCUGGUUCAGAUCAGAAAGCUGUGACUGAUGUUUUUCAUUACUAAAUUGAUGGGAAUUGAUUGCCAUUUUUUGAUUUGUGAAGCAAGGUUUUUACUUCAACAUCCCUUAACGAUCAGCUUUUGGAAAUCAAAGUUGAGCCUUUGAGAAAUUUUGGAAUAACCAAUGUACAGAAGUUUUAGGUCAGACUUCAGAGGGACUGACAAGGGCUUGAAGAUACUUACUGCUAUUUCCCCUGUAGUUAAUUAAAAUGUAUGAAGCAUUUCCUUAUGGAUGAUUUCUGCUGACUCCUGAUUUUUGCAAUUUAUGACCAAGACAGGUGACUCUAUUAACGA